AUGGCGGAUGCAAUUCGCAGCUUGGCAGUCGCUCCGGCAAGGGAGCUACAGCUUGAGCGCAGACGGCAGUCCCGCAAAGGCAUGCGUGGCGAUGCUCCGAAACAUGUUGCCCUACGACCUGUCAUUACCCGCAUCGCGAGCGCCCCGGCUAGUCUACAGAGCGCACAGCUAGCUCGCGUCAUCUCAGAUAUGCACUUGACGAGUUCAUGGUAUGCCUUCGUUCCUGCGAUGCUCGGGUUCAGCCCUCCAAUGGAUACUGCGGCUCGAGCUGUUAUUCGUGCGCAUUCCCUAGCACGUCUACCUGACCACAUCGCCCAGCCCAGAUCAGAUUCAGCAUAUGUCGCUGCUAUAGAAGCCUUGCGAUCGAAUCUUGACGCUUCAGAUCCGAGCUUCGUUGCCGUUGGCCUACUAGGACUCUACGAGAUCAUUCGCAAGGAAGAACCCGAUGCCUUCUUCUCACACGCCGACGGUAUGAGCGCUAUCAUGCGAGCACGCUCUCGGAACAGCCCAGCAUCGCCAAUCAUGCGGGCGGCCUUUUACGGAAACACCUUUGCCACCUUUCAGCAACCAUUAGACAAGGGCGUUGCAUCAAUCUUCGAUGAUCCCUACUGGCUUGGCCAAGAGCCGAUCUCGCGGGAGCCGCUCUCGACGGAGACAGCGAAGUUGAGGAAGAUCGGGAACCAAGGAUUGAUUCGCCUACCUGGACUGAUCGCAAAGACAAGGACUUUGCGACAGCAGACUGAUGUAGGUUGGCCAAAUGCCGAGCUUUUACAAUCUGUGGUAAGACUUGCCAGUAGAAUGGACAAGGAGCUCCAGGACGGUGAAUCAGAGAACACGCUGUUGCAUCGUGUCUCCGUCAAGCCAACUCUUGAUCCAUAUGACAAACAAAUCGUGCCUUUCUCUUUUGGCAUUGUGACAUACCACGACAAAGAGACCCUACUCGUCUACUGGGGCAUGCGCCUCAUGGUCCUCAAGAUAUGCUUAUUGUUAGACGACAUGGAAAAGGCUCAGGAAACACCGUCAGAGAUAGCCUCGACAUCCUCGGAAACCAUGACCUUCAGAGAGACCUGGUCAAAAGAACAAGAGCGCUGCGCAGUCUCGAUCAUGAUGUUCUGGCAAGACGGCUAUGGCCAAGCAAACUGUUUCAGUAUGCUAUGGGGUUCCUUGAUGGGCAAGACGAAGUUCAGAGGCAAGCCCAUCGGCCCGGUGAGGGACUGGGUGAGGCAAAGGAAUGAAGAUGCUUUGGCUGGUUGGUGUUUCGAAUUCACGGAAGUACAACUUGAUAUUGAGGCUGAUCAGAUGGCUGGUGGACCGUUGGGAGAUGUGCCUUGGAGAGAUACGCUGGUCGCUGCAAAGACACGACGGAGAGCCCAGAGUGCGAGCGUGGGUUGA